AUCAUAGGAGAAGUUCUCAUUUUCCCUCUAAGGCACGUGCGUAAAACCUCUCCCCUCCCACUCACUUAUUGUUUGCAAUAUCCCAUUCCGGCACUAAUGGAAGCAACAAGCGUCCCCCUCCAGCCUCCAACCUAUGGAAACUUCAUCACCGUUCUCAGCAUUGAUGGCGGUGGAAUAAGAGGGCUUAUUCCAGGAACUAUCCUUAGUUUCUUAGAAUCUGAGCUUCAGAAGCUGGAUGGUGAAGAUGCAAGGAUCGCAGAUUAUUUUGAUGUGAUUUCAGGAACAAGCACAGGAGGUCUUGUAACUGCCAUGCUGACUUCCCCAAAUGAGAACAACCGACCCCUCUUUGCCGCUAAGGAUAUCAAGGACUUCUACCUAAACCAUUGCCCUAGAAUCUUCCCGCAAAACAGCUGUCCUUUAUUUCCUCAUGUUACAAAGAUUGUCAAAGCUCUUUCCGGACCCAAGUAUGAUGGGAAGUAUCUACAUAACAUUAUCAGGGAAAAACUAGGAAGUUUAAGAUUGCACCAGGCAUUGACUAAUGUUGUCAUCCCAACAUUUGACAUCAAGCGACUCCAGCCAACCAUAUUUUCUAGCUAUGAGGUAAAGAAAAACCCAAGCAUGGACGCCUUACUCUCAGAUAUAUGCAUCGCAACCUCAGCUGCUCCAACUUAUCUUCCAACUUAUUACUUUGAAACCAAAGAUGCCGAAGGGAAAGUUAGAGAAUUUAACCUCACAGAUGGUGGGGUUGCUGCUAAUAAUCCGGCCUUAGUUGCCUUGGGCGAAGUAUCGAAGGAGAUCAAUAGAGGAAGUCCAGACUUCUUUCCUAUAAAACCCAUGGACUAUGGACGGUUUCUGGUAAUAUCAUUAGGAACUGGCUCACACAAAGAUGAAGAAAAAUACAAGGCGACUGACGCAGCAAAGUGGGGCAUACUGGAUUGGUUAACUAGGGGUGGUCACACCCCAAUAAUUGAUGUAUUUUCUCAAGCAAGUGCAGAUAUGGUGGAUGUCCACCUCUCUGUUGUUUUUCAAGCUCUUCAUUGUGAGAAAAGUUAUCUACGGAUUCAGGAUGAUACAUUAAGCGGGGUAGUAUCUUCUGUGGAUAUAGCCACGACAAAUAAUUUGGAUAAUCUUGUGAAAGCUGGAGAAACACUGCUAAAGAAACCAGUCUCCAGGGUUAAUUUGGAGACAGGUCUCUAUGAGGUUGCUAACCAUGAAACUAAUGAGGAGGCUCUCAUAAGGUUCGCAAAACUACUUUCCCAAGAGAGGCAGCUUCGCCAUGCUAAGUCCCCCGUUGGACACGCCGCCCAUCACAAUCACAAUGACAAUAUUCACACUCACGAACGACAUUACGAUUACUGAUUUUGCACGUUAAUAUGUGUUGUAAUUAAGGUCGUCGGACGUACGCAGAAAAGUCCACCUCCUGAUUCAUUCAUUAUUUGUUUCAAUUUGUUUGAAUAAACUACAAGCUAGGAUGCAAGAUUUUUUAUUUUUCUGUUUUUGUACGCAAUUGGGAAAUAAAUGUAAGCAAGUACUUAGCCUUCUUUCAACUUGGCAAUAAAUAAAUUGCAAGUCACGUUAAUUAGACUAUUCUUUUUCCAUUUUGUUCCUGCAUGAAAUAGCGAGAAGGUGGGGGGAAGUUUCCAAAUUUGCAAAAAAAAUCGUUCCAGUCAAAAUUUCUACAUGGCCUACACGUACGUGACCAAGAAAUUACAAAGAUCUAGU